AUGAUGAGCACUUCAAACGCAAGAAGGAUAAAAUUCAGAACAGAAGAAACAGAGAUGCAAAGGAAGAACAAAUCGGCCAAAAUAGCUCCAGCAAAAGAGCAAAUUACAAAAGCCAAAAGAUAUAAUGUUAAGUACGAAAGGAAAGGCACUGGCGGCGGAGUUCAUGAAAUUGAAAGUUCUGGUGUUCUGAUGGAUUCUUUUGUCCCAAAAUCCUUGAAUUCUCGAUUAACUGUACAGUGUUUGCUUUGUAUCAGAAAGGAUAGAGAUAGAGAUGAGCAUUCAGAGGUCUCAACGGGGGCCAUCGUCCCAGCGGUGAAGCCGGAGCCGAAACCAUCAACCUCCACCGCUGCUGCAGCUGCGUCGCCUGAACCCUCCCACGCCCCGGACAAAGAAGAAGCUGAGCUAGAUAAGGAUUUCCUCUGUCCGAUAUGCAUGCAAAUAAUAAAAGAUGCCUUCCUGACAGGAUGUGGUCACAGCUUUUGCUACAUGUGCAUCAUCACUCACCUCCGUAACAAGAACGAUUGCCCUUGCUGUGGCCAUUACCUCACUACCAAUCAGCUCUUCCCUAAUUUCUUGCUCCAAAAGCUAUUGAAGAAGGCCUCUGCUCGUCAAACAUCGAAGAAUGCAUCGCCUAUUGAACAUUUUCGCCAAUCGUUACAGCAGGGCUGUGAAGUUUCAAUUAAGGAGCUGGACACCCUCAUGUUGCUUCUUGCUGAGAGGAAGAGAAAAAUGGAACAAGAAGAGGCUGAGAGAAAUAUGCAGAUACUGUUAGACUUCUUGUACUACCUGCGGAAGCAAAAGGUGGAUGAAUUGAAUGAGGUACAAACCGAUCUUCAGUAUAUCAAGGGGGACAUAGAUGCUGUAGAAAAACACAGAAUCGAGUUGUAUCGUGCUAGGGAUAGGUACUCUAUGAAAUUGCGAAUGCUUGGAGAUGAUUUCAACGUGAGAAUACCAAGGCCUUCAACAAUAGAUAAGAAACAUGGUGAUGUUGUCAACAGUUCUCUUAAUGCCAGAGGGCUGACUGCUGGGAAUAUUCCAACCAAGAAAAUGGAUGGAAAGGCUCAAGUAAGUUCUCAUGGGCUCCAGAGAAAGGAUACAUUAGGUGGGUCUGACCUGCUACAUAAUCAGUCAGGUUUAUCUGUAGUAAGGAAAAAGCGCAUUCAUGCUCAGUUCAAUGACCUGCAAGAGUGUUACUUGCAAAAGCGCCGCCAGUUAGCAAGUCAUCCACAAAACCAGUCAGAAAGGGAUAAAAAUGUCAUAUAUAGAGAAGGCUACAGUGCUGGUCUGGCAGAUUUCCAAUCAGUGCUGAGUACGUUUACUCAGUACAGUCGGUUAAGGGUCAUUGCUGAACUCAGGCAUGGGGAUAUAUUUCACUCAGCCAAUAUAGUAUCAAGCAUAGAAUUUGACCGUGAUGAUGAAUUGUUUGCUACUGCUGGAGUUUCACGGCGAAUCAAAGUCUUUGACUUUUCUUCACUGGUUCUUAUCAUUUCCUAUGCUAUCGCCUUCCAGGUUGUGAAUCAACCUGCAGAUGUGCACUGCCCUGUUGUGGAGAUGUCAACACGUUCUAAACUUAGCUGCUUGAGUUGGAACAAGUUUGCUAAAAAUCAUAUAGCCAGUAGUGAUUACGAGGGAAUAGUAACUGUUUGGGAUGUGACAACCAGGCAGAGUGUGAUGGAAUAUGAAGAGCAUGAAAAACGUGCAUGGAGUGUUGAUUUUUCUCGCACAGAACCCUCGAUGCUUGUAUCUGGUAGUGAUGAUUGUAAGGUCAAAGUUUGGUGCACAAAUCAGGAGGCUAGCGUUCUAAACAUUGACAUGAAAGCAAAUAUUUGUUGUGUCAAGUACAAUCCUGGAUCUAGCAAUCAUAUUGCGGUUGGUUCGGCAGACCACCACAUUCACUACUAUGAUUUGAGAAAUGUCAGCCAUCCACUCUAUGUGUUCAGCGGGCACAGAAAAACUGUUUCAUAUGUUAAAUUCUUGUCUAACAACGAGCUUGCUUCGGCGUCAACAGACAGCACAUUAAGGUUAUGGGAUGUAAAAGAGAAUCUGCCGGUUCGCACCUUUAGAGGUCACACAAAUGAGAAAAACUUUGUAGGUCUCUCAGUAAGCAGUGAAUAUAUUGCAUGUGGGAGUGAAUCAAAUGAAGCCUUUGUCUACCAUAAGGAAAUCUCUAAACCUGUUACGUGGCAUAGAUUUGGUUCACCCGAAAUGGAGGAUGCUGAUGAGGAUGCAGGAUCUUAUUUCAUCAGUGCUGUUUGCUGGAAGAGUGAUAGUCAUACAAUGCUAGCCGCAAAUAGUCAGGGUACAAUUAAAGUAUUGGUUCUUGCAGCUUGA